CGACCUGUUGACCUCUGACCUCAGAGAGCAUCACGGGAGAUCGCUGUUAGCAUUGUAGCGGCUAACGCUGUAGCGCCUGUAGUUUGUUAAAAACAGAAGCAGAACUCGUCGUUUUUUAACUUUAAAGAGUUCAAACAGGAAUAAAAACUAAAACCGGGACCGAGGAUAUAAGUAGUCAAGGAGCCGAGGGGGAAGUUUGCGUCACGUUAAUCACCGGAAACAGGCUUUUUUUCCAGCUAGCACGAGUUUAGCUUGAGUUUAGCAUCCAGCUGCGGAAACAGAUGUUGCCGACUGACGUCACCCGCUCAGGUGUGGACGUUUGUGUGUCUCCACCCUGUGAUUCGCUGGUGACCAGGAUGUGCCCCGCCCGUCGUCCAGCUGGGUCUUGGCUCCAGCUCCGACCCUCAAAACGAGCAGAGAUAUUGAGGAGCAUUGGGUGAAAAGCGAGGAGCAGCGAUGAAUCAAACUGCAUCUGUGUCUCAUCAGAUCGAGUGUCAGCCGGUCAAAGAUGUCAAGGAGUUCGUGGACGUCAGCCCGCCGCAGAGGAACUGGAAGGGCAUCGCCAUCUCUCUGCUGGUCAUCGUGGUCGUGUGCUCGCUCAUCACGAUGUCCGUGGUCGUCCUCACACCUGUGGAAGUUCCCGGCAGCAGCAAGUCCAGACUGACUGUGGCAGAUCUGUACAAGCCAGAGUUCAGCGUUCACGACCCCGAGGCCACGUGGAUCAGUGAAUCGGAGGUGGUGUACAGGAACCGCGAGGGUCACGUCAUCAAGUUUAACUUCGUCCUGAACGAGACGGAGGUCAUUCUGAGCAACAGCACUUUUGUGGCUUUCAAGGUGGCAAAGUACUCGCUCUCUGCCGAUCUGAAGUACGCGCUCUUCGCGUACGACGUCAAACAGAUGUACAGAUAUUCGUACACGGCGUCUUAUAUCGUCUACAACAUCUACACGAGGGAGGUUUGGGAGUUGAACCCUCCUGAGGUCCAGAACGCCGUGCUCCAACACGCAGCGUGGGGGAAACAAGGACAACAGCUGAUCUACAUCUUUGAGAAUAACAUCUACUACCAGUCGGAUGUGAAGAGCGUCUCCCUGAGGAUCACGUCCUCUGGGAAGGAGGGCGUCAUCUUCAACGGACUCUCUGACUGGCUGUACGAAGAGGAGAUCCUGCGUUCACACCUGGCUCACUGGUGGUCGCCGGACGGAGAGCGACUGGCCUUCCUCACCAUCGACGACACCCGCGUGCCCAACAUGGCUCUGCCCCAGUUCACCGGCAGCACAUACCCCCGAGGACUACAGUACCCGUACCCCAUGGCCGGUCAGACGAACCCUGCGGUCCGGUUGUCGGUGGUCAACCUGUUCGGAGCGACGUACACUCAGGAGCUGCAGCCUCCCGAUCAGCUCCGACACCGAGAUUUCUACGUCACCGUGGUGAAGUGGAUCAGUCACACUCACCUCGCCGUGCGGUGGGUCAACCGGCCCCAGAACGUCUCGCUGCUGAUGGUGUGUGACGCCACGUUAGGAGCCUGUGUUCAGAGGCACAAGGACUCCUCAGAGAUGUGGCUGUCCAGACAGAGACAGGAGCCGCUGUUCUCCAAGGACAGGAGCAGGUUUUUCCUCACGCUGCCUGUGAAACAAGGAGGUCAGGGAGAUUUCCACCACGUCACAAUGUUCACAAAGAAGGUGCGAAGCGACCAGGACGAGGUUCGCCACCUGACGUCUGGGGACUGGGAGGUGACAAAAAUCUUAUCUUACGACGAGAACAACCAGGUCGUAUACUUCCUGAGCACGGAGGAGUCGGCGCAGCAGAGACAUUUAUUCAGCGUCUCCACCCUCGGCCUGUUUCCUCGGCAGUGUCUCACCUGCGGACUGAAGGAGGAGUGCGCGUUUUUCGACGCCGACGUCCACCCCGACGCGCAGCUCGCCAUCCUGCGCUGCAAAGGCCCCGGAGUUCCAGCUGUGCUGCUCCUCAGUCUCGAUGACGUGGACUCGUAUUUCAUCCUGGAGAACAACCUCCCUCUGUGGACCGCGCUGCAGACCAAGAGGACGGUUCAGACCGACACGCGCGUCAUCACCCACGACCACUACGAGCUGCCGCUGAAGCUCACCUAUCCUCCCGACUUCUCCGAGUCCUUCCUCUACGGCCUCCUCCUCGUCGUCGGCAGUUCUCCCGGGGAUCAGACGGUGACGCAGGAGUUCGGGCUGGACUGGGACUCGGUGCUGGUGGGAUCUGAGCAGAUCAUCGUGGCUCGACUGGACGGCAGAGGUUCUGGGUUCAGAGGUCAAAGGGUCUUACAGCAGGUCCACCUGAGCCUCGGCUCCGUCGACGCUGACGACCAGAUUGCUGCUCUCGAAUACCUGGUGAAGCUGCCGUUCAUCGAUCGCACUCGCGUCGGAGUCUUCGGAGAGGACUACGGCGGCUUCCUCGCGCUGACGAUGCUGAAGUCGACGGAGCGGCUGGUCAGAUGUGCCGCAGCUCAGACUCCCGUCAUCGACUGGUCCAUGUACGCCUCGGCCUUUUCUGAGCGAUACCUGGGCUCGCCCUCCACCGAGGAGAACAAAUACCAA